CAGGUUAUCUUAGUCAUGUAAUGUUUGCGCUACACGGCUCACGCGUUAUGCUUGGAAGCUGACAGAAUUUCAUGCAACUGCGCACUCUGAGACUUGACUCAGUAAUGCCACGUGGGCGAGGGUGAUGUUCAAAUGGUGUUUGUGGAGACACGUGGCGAAGAUAGGUGAACGCACACAAAUGUACGUUCUAUGCCACGUGACGUGUAAGCAGUUAAUCGGCCACAGUAGCCGCCGCUGCCCCCGCCACAACAGCAGUUGCAGACAAGACCGUCGCCGCUGCAGCAGCAGAGCAGCAGGCAAGGCAGCCGCCAGUGCAGCAACAGCAGCAUGCAAGACAGCCUCCGCAGCAGCGGCAGCAGGCAAGAAAGCCGUCGCCGCAAUAGUCAAGAUGGCCUCCGCCACCGCAGCAGGCAAGACAGCCCCCUCCGCCACAGCACCAUGCAAGAGAGCAGUCGUCGCAAGAGUCAAGACCGCCUCCGCAGAAGCAGCAGCUUGCAAGACAGCCCCCGCCGCCGCAGCGCCAUGCAAGAGAGCGGUCGUCGCAAGAGUCAAGACAGCCUCCGCAGCAGCAGCAUGCAAGACAGCCCACGCCGCCGCAGCACCAUGCAAGAGAGCGGUCGUCGCAAGAGUCAAGACAGCCUCCGCAGCAGCAGCAUGCAAGACAGCCCACGCCGCCGCAGCACCAUGCAAGAGAGCGGUCGUCGCAAGAGUCAAGACAGCCUCCGCCGCCGCAGCAGGCAAGACAGCCUCCGCCGCCGCAGCAGGCAAGACAGCCUCCGCAGCAGCGGCAGCAGGCAAGAGAGCCGUCGCCGCAAGAGUCAAGAUGGCCUCCGCCAAAGCAGCAGGCAAGACAGCCCCCUCCACCGCAGCACCAUGCAAGAGAGCGGUCGUCGCAAGAGUCAAGACAGCCUCCGAAGCAGCAGCAGUAGCAUGCAAGACAGCCCCCGCCGCCGCAGCACCAUGCAAGAGAGUGGUCGUCGCAAGAGUCAAGACAGCCUCCGAAGCAGCAGCAGUAGCAUGCAAGACAGCCCCCGCCGCCGCAGCACCAUGCAAGAGAGUGGUCGUCGCAAGAGUCAAGACAGCUUCCGCAGCAGCAACAGCAUGAAAGACAGCCCCCGCCGCCGCAGCAGCAGGCAACAGAGCCGCAGCCGCAAGAGCAGCCAGAGCAGUGAAGACAGCAGCAGCAGCAGCAGCAGCAGUAGCAAGCAAGAAAUCCGUCGCUGCCGCCGUCGCUGCCGCCGCCGCCGCCGCCGCCGCAGUAGCAGCAGCAGCACCAGCACCAGCAGUACCACCAGCACCAGCAGUACCACCAGCAGUAGCAGUACCACCAGCAGUAGCAGCACCACCAGCAGUAGCAGCACCACCAGCAGUAGCAGCACCACCAGCAGUAGCAGCACCACCAGCAGUAGCAGCACCACCAGCAGUGCCACCAGCAGUACCAGCAGCAGCAGCAGCAGCAGCAGGCAAGACAGCCACCGCCACCGGCGCCACCGCCGUCGCAGCACCAACAGUAGCAGACAAGACACCCGCCGCCGCCACAGAAGCAGCGGUGAAGACAGCCGCCGCCGCAGAAGAAACAGCAAAUGAACAAUGAACGGGAAGGUCCGCGGAAAAAGCUUUGCUUUAAAGACCGCCAGAGAUUCCUAAAUCUGUUAAAAAGUGUACUUCGGCAGAAAGCAAACGUAUACAAUCGGCCAGACGAGCUGAAAACACGCCAUAGAAUCUCGAUGACGGUCUCGUAUCUGGUGCUUGUUGCUCUAUAGCGAGGGCCAACGUGCAAAGCAGCAAAGCGUGAAGAGGUUGCGUAUAGUAAAAAAAAAAUAGUUUAUUCUGUGACAGCGCCGAACAAUGGCGGACAGUUACCUUGCUAUCAGUCCGUGCACCGCAACUGGUGCAUUUACACCGUGGACUCCUUGAAAUGUUUGUUUCAAAGUCAUGUGUUGCAUAGCACAGUCUCUACAAACCAGCUGUUUUAAGGACUGACAUGUAAUAAAACCAAGGAAAGAAGAGGCUCAGAACCAGUUGAUACGAUCUCGACCGGGUGAGGUGGAUCUUCACCGCAGUAAUCAGGGAACAAGGACGGAGCCGGGCAUCGUGAGGAAGAAAAGCGCAGGUUGCUUCCAACGUAGAAUGCGCAUGGCACAUCUGGAGUAGAAGAGGAGACGCGCUCUAACCUGCCCCCUCACCCCAUCCCUCUCAGCCCGCGCACAUCGCCCCGCUCCCUGCCCCGUUGCGCGCGGGAGAAGCCGGCGGGCACUCCUACCGCCUACCUCCUUUGCGAGCGCAAGAUACUGCCGCAUCAAGCCACCAUCCCUCUCGGCUCAUCCUCGCAAGCUUUCGCUCGCAGCCACUGCAUACCAGGCCCGGCGGCGAUAUUAUCGCACUUGGACAUUUUGCGGAACAUCACUGCGGCGCAAAAGAUGGAAACUCGCCUUGAGUGUACGUAUAAUUUCUGUCGCAAUAAAUAUAC